AACAAUAACUGUUAUAAUAAGUGUUUAAUAAAUGUAGAAAAGUUUUAAAUCGUUUAAUCUGGCAAUAUUACGCACAAAUUUAUUUAAAUUUUUACACGCACUGUACCCUAUGGGUGAUAUUGCACGGUGAAGUGACGUUGACAGUUUGAUUAUAAAAGUCAACGAAUUGUUGACGGUUUGACGUAGAACUUUAGUUUUUCUAAAUUAAAAUCUAAAAUGAAAUUAUUUAUUGGAUUAAUACUACUAUGCAGUUUGCAUACAUAUGUUCAAGCAUGGGAUACAGAGGAACUGGAAAUCUUCGAUCUGGUCGAAGAAAUUAAUAAAAAUUUUUAUGAGUUCAUGGGCCUAACACAAGAAGCCACACACAAUGAAGUCAAACGUGCAUUCCGGAAUUUAUCGAUUGUACUACAUCCGGAUAAAAAUCCCUCCGAGGAUGCUAAUAUACAAUUUCGUAAUUUAGUAUCCAUAUAUGAAGUAUUGAAAGAUCCGUCUAAAAGAGAAAAAUACAAUAAAGUCCUUAAAGAUGGAUUACCAAAUUGGAAGUCUGCAUUGUAUUAUUAUAGGCGUAUGCGGAAGAUCGGACUUUAUGAAGGCGCCUUGAUUAUAUUUAUUGUUGUGACAAUUGGACAAUAUAUAUUCGCUUGGGCAGCUUAUUUAGAGAAAAAAUAUACUGCCGAACAAGUAUUUGGUUCUAAAUUAAAGAAAAUACAAAAGAAAAAUAAAAAUAUCGAUAUGGAUACAAUUUUGAAUGAAAUACCAGUGCCAUCCAUAUUUAAAACAUUGCCAUUUCAAAUACCAUUGGCAAUUUGGAAUUUACCAAAAACUGUGAAAAAUAGUUUUAAUAAAAUAAAAGAAUUAAAGGACAUAGCCAUAGAAAAUCGUCGACUUGAAUUAGAAGCAGCUAAACAACAGGAAGAGCUGGAAAAAGAAUUGGAAGAACAACAACGCAUACGAAAAGAGAAAAAGGAGAAUUUGCGUAAACGCAAACAAAACACUAAAGCACCUGAAAAAACGGAUGAUGACUUACGCGGAUAUUCACAAAUAGUUACGCGAGUUUCAUCUGAAGAUAGUGCCGUAAAACCUGUUGAACACAAGAACACUGCUGUAAGUGGUGGCUUUUGGACAGAUGAAGACCUGACUGAAUUGAUUCGCUUAGUAAAGAAAUAUCCAAGUGGCGCUGGAAACCGUUGGAAUACUAUUGCAGAAGCAAUGAAUCGCACUGUGCAAGAGGUAACAUUUAUGGCUGCUAAAAUGAAGGAAAAUGGUUAUCGUAUACCGGGUCAAAGUGAUAGUGUUGCUGAAAAUAUUGUGCAGCAAACUAAUGAGGCAGUCAAAAAAGAAAAAAUUAAAAAGACAGCACAAAAUGAUAUACUGUUACCUGAAACCAAUUGGUCACAAGAGCAACAACGUGCACUUGAAGCAGCAAUUAUAAAAUAUCGUAAAAAUGCUACAGGUGAUCGUUGGGAAAAAAUAGCUAAUUGUGUGCCAGAAAAAACGAAGGAGGAAUGCUUAGUGCGAUAUAAAUAUUUAUGUGAAUUAGUUAAAUCACAGAAGAAGGCUGAGGAAGACGAAAAUAAGAAACUUGCUGAAACAGCAAAUAGUGAACAGCCAAGUACUAUAGAUGAAUCUAGUCAGGUAGAUAAUAAUAACGAGCCUGUAAGUCAGGCUCGUGAGUCAGAAAAUGACGAAGAAGAAACUGCUUUAACUGUGGGCAAAGGUGGCAAAAAACGUAAUAAACGGAAAGAACGCAGAAGACGUGGACAGUUUUCAAGCGACGAGGAAUCAGACAUAGAAUAAAUUAAUAAAAAUAAACUAAUUAAUAACUUCCAUAUAAUUUAUUUUUAUAUGUAUUUAUACUUAAGACAAAGUGUUGUAACUAAUAUCAACAACAAUAUUAGCAUGCAAUAUUAUUAAGUAACAUUGUUUGUUUUCUACUUUUUUGUAUAUACUUUAAUUUCUAUUAAAUGGUAAUAACUAAUGAAGCA